GCGAUACGUUGUUGGCAGAACGCGGUAACGUCGUCGCUCUCGUUUUGACCGUCUUAUAGUCCUGUAACGGAUCCCGGCACACCAGUUGCCGUCCACCCGUCGUCCCGGCGUCACGGUAGCGCACCGCUGUAAACGACAGCAGCACCAGCAACUCGGCGGAGAGCGUCCAAGGGCGGCGAUCGUCGUCAUCAUCACAAUCGGCUAACCGCGAGACGAGACGAGACAACCUGUUCCCGCGGCCACGCAGCGCCGUCGUCCGUCGCGUACCCACGUCCGCCACCCGGUUGUUCCGGCCGAAAGGAGUUAACAUAAUAAUCACUUUCGAUUUAAUCAACACUAUCAGUUGAAUUGUAAAUUUUGCGGCACAUGUACACGUGAAAUGCGAUUAUGAAGAAAGUAAAAACCAAAUCUACUGGCACCAGCACGGACAAUGGUGCCGCCAUCCAAGUUGAAGUAGCCGCCGAAAUUCCAAACACAGAAAAACAUAAUAUAUCGAAUUUGGAAGCGAUGAUGCAUAUGAUUAAGUCGACCAUUGGUGGUGGAUUCUUAGCCAUGCCCGAAGCAUUUCAUAAUGCAGGAUUGUUGGUAGGCUCUAUAGGCAUAGUGAUCCUCGGAAUUGCGGUGUUGAAUAUGAUGUCAUUUAUUGUUCGUUGCUCACAAACAUUAAGAUCCGGUAAAUACGCGGCUGCCAUUUUGGCAGAAAGAAAUGAAAAUAAUGAAGAUGUCGAAGAUGUCGAAGAAGAAUCUACGAGCAAUAAUCAGUCGAACAAACAAAAUAACGGAAAGAUGUUAUUAUUGCCUCCUAUGGACUAUCCGGAUACAGUUGAAGCAGUGUUUAAGUACGGCUCAAAUGGCUACUUCGCAUCAUGGGGCCCAUUAGCCAAAAAGUUCACCACAAUCUCUUUGAUUUUAACAUAUUACGGUGUCAACAUCAUUUACGUGUGCGUCGUGGCGAGUACAAGCAAGCAGCUCGUUGAUCUUUACACCGCCGGUGGAGCCGUGGGCACGUGGAGCUACAUGUUAAACGGUUUGUCCAUUCAUUGGUACCCCUUAGCUGUAGCUCUGCUAAUCAUUCCAAUGGGCAUGGUUCAAAUAAUAAAAUACCUAGUGCCAUUCUCAGUAAUUGCUAAUGGGCUGAUUUCGGCGGGCACUAUAGCGAUGUUCUACUUCAUCUUCACUGAUGACGAUGGACGCAACCCUCUUCAAGAGAAUGAACUAUCAAAAUUAGUAGUAUGGCCAAUGACGCGCUGGUCUCUGUUUGCAGGCAGCGCAUUAUGUUCGAUGGAAGGGGUCGGAAUGCUUAUGCACAUUGAAAACUCGAUGAAGUAUCCACUAGAGCUUGCCGGACCACCAUCCUACACACUGCACUGGUCUAUGGUUAUCAUCGUACUACUCAACGGCGCUUUGGGCUUUUUUGGUUACAUACGGUACGGUGAACGGUGCCUAGGAAGCUUGCCACUUAAUUUGCCUCCGAAUAACAGAUUAUCUGAAUCCGUAAAAAUCGUAGUCACUUUGGGAAUAUUAAUGACUUACGGACUCCAGCUGACCGUUACCGCGGACCUAGUGUGGCAAUGGAUUAAAAAAAAGAAAGUGAAAAAUGCCGUACGUAAAUACGGAUCGAAAGUUGUGGUUAUAGAAAAAACAAAAACGAGUUUAGAUUACAAUAUCAUGCGAUUUAUCUUGAUCAUCGGAACGGUGAUUAUAGCGACUGCGGUACCUGACGUCGGGCCGAUGAUUUCUCUCGUCGGUUCGGUCGGUUUUUCAGUACUUGGUCUCAUAGUGCCUGCAGCACUCGAGACCGUUUGGUAUUGGAAUCCGGAAAGCGAAGAUGACUAUGAAGACAGCCACCAAGAGAUGAAUAGCUGCGAUAAUGUAGGUGUGGAGAACGGAAUCGGAUUGGCAUCGGCAGCGGUGCUGACGCAGAAGGUCGCAAAGACUGAUAAAGCCAUCCGGAACAUAGCUAUCCGCAGAUUCUUACGACAUGCGAAAAAUUUUAUAUAUUUUAUAUUGGCUUUGUUCGCACUGACCGGCGGAGCCUUCUAUAAUAUACGAGAAAUUAUAACUCAAUCUCCAGACCAUAGCGUACCCAUUGUAUCAGAAUUUUCUCAAACUAAAGUGUAACGCUUUCAAAAUUACGACUAUAUGUAUUACUUUAGAAUUAGAAAUUUAAAAUAUAGUAUUAAGUUAAUGGUUUGAGAACAGCUUGAACGGAAAGAGAAUAUUAUAUUCUCAAAAAUUAUAUAAGCAAGCUUAAGUAUCUCAAAACCAAUAAGUAGAAUCACUACAUAAUGUUUUUUUCUUAGAUAGGUAAACAAUUAGUUAUAAUAUAAAUGACUGCACAUAUUAUAGAACUAUAACCGCUGCACUUGUUUUUUACGAAUAACCCAUACGACAUUGUCCACCGCGAUAAUAUUUUCACUGAAUAUAAAACGUUGAUAGUAGAUACUCCAAUAUUGUGAAAAGUACACAUCUCUAAAGUUAUCAAAUGGUUUCAUUUACAGUUUUUUAACGCUAUUUUUUAUUAUAAUUUCAAGUAGACAAUUACAUUUAAAUUUUUUUUG